AGAAAUGGAGAAGCUGGUUGCUUGUGUACAAAAAAAGCCAAAUGCUCUUUGUAGACUGAUCUGCUUUCCAUGGGCUGGAGGUGGAACUUCACAACUUGCUCAAUGGGGCAGACUCUUCAACGACACAGUUGAAGUGUUCUGCAUAAGACUUCCUGGGAGAGAAACUCGUCUUGGGGAGCCUUUUCCAAAAGACAUGACAAGCUUAGUUAAUGAAAUUACGAGUGUUUUGUUAAAAGAACUGGAAGAAAAACCAUUUGCAUUUUUUGGUCACAGUCUUGGAAUGUACACAAGUUUUGCUGUUGCACUUCAUUUGAAACAAAAGUACGGACUGGAGCCAGUCCAUCUGUUCAUAUCAGCAGCACAUGCCCCAAAUUCUGCAGCUCAUCUUGCCCUCAAAAGCACACCCAUGCCUGAUAGAAACAGUGACCUUCUUGCAUGUGUGGAGAUGCUCGGAGGAAAUUUUGAGCUUCCACCUAAUGAAGACUUUAGGAGAAAUAUAGCCCUAGCCUUCAGAGAAGAUGCUAAAGUUUUUAAGACAUUUUCAUUUGAGAAGGCAGACAUGAAUACCCCCUUCUCCUGUGAUGUUACCUGCUUUCGUGGGUCUGAUGACAAAAUAUAUGAUGUACAAGGUUGGCAAGAACUAACAAAUGGAGAUGUUUCCUUUUAUGACCUUCCUGGAGAUCACUUUUAUCUGCUGAAACCAUCUAAUGAAAGUUUCUUGAUAAAACAUAUCACAACAUGCAUAGAAAAUGCCAGUCUAUGAGUAUUUCCCUCAAUUUUAAUGGCAGAAUGUGUAGGUUAGUCCACAGCAAUUUAUAAUAAGUCACUUCUUUCUCUACAUUGCAUGCAAUUAUGUCUAAAAGUUG